AUGCCGCCAGCCGCAACGCUGCCAGGCAAGACAAUAAGGCAGCAGGCCAAGGCCAAGGGCAGCGGGGCUGACCGCGCCGACCUCAAGAAGGACGUGGUCAAGCCGCUGCUCAUGAGCCCGCUGACCGUGGGGUGGCCCAAUAUCCCCAACCACCUCCAGGUCGGCGUCAUGGCCGCGCUGUCACAGCUUGUGCCGUCCUCGGUCGCCGACUAUCACACGGACCGCGCACGUUCCUCGCGAGCCGGGAAGCGUGCACGCCGCACCCAAAAGCGCGCAGACGAGGCCGGCGCCGUCGUUGCCGAGGAGGCGAAGAAGGCUACUGGAAGAGGGGACGUCGCGAUGGAGGACGCCGACCUGGCGGAGGCUUUACAGGUCGCGGGUCCUGGGACGGCAACUGCUGAGCCCAGCGUGCCGACUCGCUGCGGACCACCUACACCCGACAUCCUCACUCAUUUCGUUAUCGGCUUGAACGAGACCAUCAAGGCGCUGGAGCACAGUAUUGACGACCUCCGCUUCCGCAGCGCGAUUCUGAGCGACUUACUCGCCCGCAAGCGAUCGGCACAGGACGAUGACCUUCCUCGCUUCCUCCCUACCGCUCCGACCGACAAGGUAGAGCCGGCGUCGCCCUCGACUCCCUCCGCUCCACUGUCAAUGGUCCUCGUCUUCAACGGCUCCGUGUCGCCCCAGGCACUCAUCGACCCCUUGCCAAUGUACGCUGCGACCUACAACACUCUCCUGAGGCAGAACGAGAAGCUCGCCAAGUCUGUCCGCUCGCGCAUUCCCGAAGGGGAGAAGUACAUUGGCGCUGAGGGCCCCGAGAUCCGCAUCGUGCCGCUGGGAAGUCGUGAGGCUGAGGGUUCAGCAUUGUUUGGCCUGCGUCGGGUUUCUGUAUUUGCGAUCAAGUCUUCACACCCCGCCCUCGACGUUCUUGAACGUCUGCUGCCACCGUCUGUGCUCCAGGCACCGCGCCAUGCCAUCACCCUCCCGUACCCCACGACGUCGCUCAAGAUCUUCGGCGACGAACCCAAGGACGCCGAACCCAAGGACGGCGAGUCGGCUGUGCCCGUGGCGGCCAAGCCCAAGCCCAAGCCCAAGGUCCAGCCUUCCGAGGUCCCGACCCCCGCGAUCUACUACGCGCCAGUCCACCUCAAGGGCGUUCUUACCGAGGCACCUCUGGACGCCAAUGCGCGCAAACAGCGCCGCCUGACCGAGGUGCGCCGCAAGCGUGUGGAGACCAAGGAGAAGCGCCGCGAGGCCGCCGCCAAGCUCGAGCAGAAGCUGCGAGCCGAGUUUAGGGCCGAGGGACGGACACACCCCAAGAUCGGGCGCAAGGAGCGUAUCGCGAUCAAGGCUGGCGAACGGGCGGCCAAGUUUGCCGCUAAGCAGGAAGCGAAGGAGAAGAAGGCUGCGGAGGCAUCAAACCCCCAGCCGAAGGAGAAGCGUGCCGGCGAGCCCCUCGUCCAGUCCAAGGCGAAGCGCGCCAAGGCCGAGGCCAAGGCCAAGGCGGUGGACAAGGCGAGGGCCGCCGCGACCACCACCGCCCAGUAG